AUGUUCACUUCCCGCAUCACUAUCCUUAUGCUGCUCACCUUCCUCGCUGGUGCCAACGCUGGAUGCGCAACGUGUCCACAAUCGUUGGAUGUCGACGGUAUAGCGAUCUACGAACUAGUCACUAGCUAUGUGAAGACCGAAAACGGGUUCACAGAGUGCAGCUACGUGGAUAAGAUGGGCAACGUGGUGACUUGCGAGUAUACGGUACGUGAUUUCUGGAUGCUGAGCAGCUCAUCGUUCUCGUUUGACACGUUGGAUGGUCAUCAGGAUGGCGGCGAGUUAAAGAGUGGGGAUGAGAAGUGCCCGAAAAUUUCAAGGAAGGAUGACUAUGGAUGCUAA